AUCCAUGACGUGUUUUCCACGCGCCAGCUCCAUGUUUUGACUACCACCGCCAACAGCAACACAGCGAACCCUGCCAAUACAUAGCCGUUGCGCUUGCAAUCCCCUCGGUGUUUUUCAACAAAAUGGCUGAUUUAGGGGAUGAUACCGGAGCGAGAGCCCUACUGGCCCUCAAAUCUGCGCCUUGUAGCCCGGUGCCCGUUUCUGUCCCGCCCGUGUACACUCUCUCCUCCUCGACUUCGACCGGGAUCACAUCAUCCAUGUCCCUCUCCGCUCCGUCGCAGGCCCUCGCUCGCCUGGAAGGCAGGGACUUCGAGUUCGCCAUGCGCCAGAGGACGGUCACCGUGGGGCGGAACUCGUCGCACGGAUCCGUGGAUGUCAACAUGGGCCACUCGAGCUUCAUUUCCAGGAGACAUCUGCAGAUCACCUUCGAGGAGCCGCAUUUCUACCUGCGCUGUCUCGGCAAGAACGGUGUGUUUGUCGACGGCGUUUUCCAGAGGAGAGGCGCCCCUCCACUUCUCCUGCCGAGGGAGUGCACAUUUCGAUUUCCCAGUACGGUGGUAAAGAUUCAGUUUACAGCGUUGUACCACAAGGAGACGCAGAAGGAGGAGGCUCCUGUGUCCCCCGUGAUACCCCUUUACCCUCAAAUCUCUCCAUUGAAAAUCAGCAUUCCAGAAAAUGACUUCAGAACUAUGAUGAGUCCCCUGCCUUCACCGACAGGAACUAUUAGCGUUCCCAAUUCCUGCCCAGCGAGCCCUCGGGGUGCAGGUUCCUCGGGAUAUCGUUACGGGCACAACAUCACCUCAGAUCUCCAGCUGGCAGCAGAGUACGCAGCCAAAGCUGUGUCAGAACAGCACUCUGAAGCCACAGGAGGAGACAGUCCUAAGGAUGAGUCCAAACCUCCAUACUCAUACGCUCAGCUGAUAGUCCAGGCCAUCUCGUCAGCACCGGACAGACAGCUAACACUAAGUGGCAUCUACGCUCACAUCACCAAGCAUUAUCCCUACUACAGGACAGCCGACAAAGGCUGGCAGAACUCCAUUAGACACAACCUGUCUCUGAACCGCUACUUUAUUAAAGUGCCGCGCUCACAGGAAGAGCCAGGGAAAGGUUCGUUCUGGCGUGUGGACCCCUCAUCGGAGUCCAAGUUGGUGGAACAGGCCUUUAGAAAGCGCCGGCAGAGAGGAGUGUCCUGCUUCCGUACACCCUUUGGCCCGCUGUCUUCGAGGAGCGCUCCAGCAUCUCCCACCCACUCCGGCCUCCUCUCUCCACACUCGAGCGGCCUCCAGACCCCCGAGUGUCUGUCACGCGAAGGAUCACCAGUGUCUCAUGAGCAUGACUUUGGUUCUAAGCUUGCUUCUGUGCCCGAGUACCGAUACUCCCAGAGUGCACCAGGCUCUCCAGUGAGCGCUCAGCCUGUAAUCAUGGCUGUGCCUCCUCAGUCCUCAGCCGCGAUGCCCAAGCCUGUGGCUUACAUGCCUGCCUCCAUCAUUAGCUCCUCCCAGGCCUCUGGUCAGGCCAUCCAUGUGGUGCAGCAGGCGCCAGCUGUCACCAUGGUCCGUGUAUUGACCACCUCGACCAGUUCCCCCAAUGGCUACAUCCUGGCUAACACCACCUCUUCAGGCUCUGGAGAGGGACAUGGAGAUCAGAGAGGUGCAGUGGAGGAGAUGCCUGUGGUUGGCAGUAGAGUGAUUCAGGCUGUAGGGAGUCACAUAAGCUCGAUCAAUAGAGGGCAGCAGAGCUACACUGUUGUCCAGCAGAGCGCCAUUCACCAGCUUCCUGUGCAGACCAUUGCUCAGAAUGGUAAAACAUGCUCUUCCUGUGACCAGUGCUUAUGGUACGUGUGCAUUGUUCUGAAGCCAGUAAAUGUGAAAUUUACAGUGCAUGAUUUUUUUUUUUUUUACUUGCUUUAAAUGUAAGCAUCGUAA